GAGUGGCAAAUGAGUUACCCAAAUAUCGGGAAACACAAUCAGGAGGACAGAGAGAAACCGAGUCAGGAAAUAUGAGAAGAUAAUUGCAAAAUGGCUGUCAGAUUUCAAGAAGCGUUUGUAGAAAUGGAAGAAACUCUGAUAUGGGAGCAGCACACAGUGUUGAUAAAUCGGGAUUCGAAGAUCGGAUUUGGUAUUGCAAUAUCUGGAGGAACAGACAAACCCAACAGUACCACUGGGGAAACUGCCAUUCUUGUUUCAGAUGUUGUUCGAUCUGGACCAGCUGAAGGGAAGAUUAUGAUAAAGGACAGGAUUGUUAUGGUGAAUGGUGUUUCCAUGGACAAUGUGACCUCUUCUUUCGCCAUUCAGAAUCUAAAGCGUUCUGGCAAAUCUGUGAACAUAACGGUGAAGAGGCCCCGUAAAAUACAGAUUCCUGUGACUAAUGCAGCACCAGCUGCCAGCUAUUAUUCCAGUCGACCAGACUAUGCACAUGACGAUGCCUCUGAUGAAGAUGAGGACUAUGAUCCAGCUGACAGGAGAUUGAGAAGGAUUCAGAACCAAAAUCUGUACCACGGUGACUCCCAUCACAAUAAUGACUAUGACCAGGAUUCCAGCAGAAACUACAGCUAUGACCGAAGUCCCAGCCCCUCAAGGAGCUAUGAUCGAAGUCCCAGCCCCUCAAGGAGCUAUGACCGAAGCCCCAACCCCUCAAGGAGCUAUGACCGAAGCCCCAACCCCUCAAGGAGUUAUAACUAUCAACACAACCACCGGGAUCACAGUGCUAGGAGGGUUAGACGAGAACACAACCCAAGUGGAAGUUACCAUGAUGAGUUUGAUGAUGAUGAUAUGCAUUACGUUCGGGCUAGGAAACCCAUCAAGAGUUGCCUUUUUAAAAGUAAUGCUAAUGAAGAAUACGGCUUGAGGUUGGGGAGUCAAAUUUUCAUUAAACACAUGUCAUCGGAUGGCCUUGCUUCAAAGGAAGGGGUCUUAAAGGAGGGAGACAUUAUACUAAAGAUUAAUGGUGUAGUAACUGAGAAUAUAUCACUGGAAGAUACGAGGACACUAAUUGAGAAGUCAGAGGGGGAGCUGAGGUUGGUGAUCCUACGAGAUAAUGAACAGUUUCUGAUCAAUGUUCCUGAACUGGUGGACAGUGAGGAAGAUAGCCUGGAAGAAUUUUCAGACAUUGAGUCUGAACGUACAGAUUCACCAAGUGAUAAUCGGUCAAAACAUAUUUUGGUGGAUCCUCCCAACACAAGGAAGAGUAAUGGAAGCCUGAAGCCAAACACAAAACCAGUGUCAGAGAUAGAUGUCAGUCCUACAGCUCCCAAACCCCGUCAUGAUGCAGUUGUUGAUGAGCGAACAUAUGCUGCUCCUAUAAAGACUUCAAACACAAGCCCACAGGAUGGAUAUAAUGUUGGCUACAGUCCUGACAUGAAAGUGGCGAGGUUUGUCAAGGAUGCCAGUGUUGGCCUGCAGCUGGCUGGAGGCAAUGAUGUUGGAAUAUUCGUAUCUCGAGUUCUGGAUGAUAGUCCUGCAGCCAGACAGGGAAUCCAGAAAGGAGACCAGAUUCUGCAGGUGAACAAUGUCAACUUCCAAAACCUCACCCGUGAAGAGGCAGUUUUGCUCAUGUUAGAUAUCCCGAAAGGAGAGCUGGUGGAGAUUAAAGCUCAGAGGAAGGAGGGCAUUUAUCAGAAGAUGAUCAACUCAAAUGUUGGAGACUCCUUCUACGUACGAACACACUUCGACCAUGAGGUAGAAGGAACACAGGAACUAAGCUUCAGGAGAGGUGAGGUUUUCCGAGUUGUCGACACCAUGCACAAAGGGAAGUUGGGAGCGUGGUAUGCCGUGAGAAUUGGCCAAGACUUCAAGGAACAGGACAAAGGCACCAUCCCCAGCAAGAACAGGGCUGAACAAAUUGCCAAAGCUGAAAUUACUCAGAAAGCUUCAUCCAGUUCAUCAAGUGGAGCACGGGCAGAAUUCUGGAGAAUGCGUGGCCUGAGAGGUGCAAAGAAAAACAUAAGGAAGAGCAGAGAUGACCUUUCAGCAUUGACUAUUCAGGGCAAAUAUCCCCCCUAUGAAAGGGUUGUUCUGAGAGAAGCCCCUUAUAAAAGGCCUGUUGUGAUUCUUGGACCAAUUUCUGAUAUUGCUACUCUGAAACUGGCCAGCGAUCUUCCUGACCAGUUUGAACUUGCCCAAAUGGUACAGAGGAAUUCCGAAGAAGCAGGAUCAUCCUCUGUCAUCAAACUUGAAACUGUACGGCUAAUAGCUCAAAAGAACAAACAUGGCCUACUUGAUAUCACACCUUCUGCCAUAGAGCGACUAAAUUACGUCAAGUGGUACCCGAUUGUGGUAUUCUUUAAUCCAGAGAACAAACAGGAAGUGAAAGCCAUGAGGCAGCACCUCUACCCUCAGUCAAGGAAAAGCUCCAAGAGUCUCUACAAUCAAGCUGUAAAGCUGAGGAAAUACUGGUCUCACCUCUUUACAGGUACAAUAAAUCUGAAUUCUGGUUCUAGUGCCUGGUAUGAAGCUUUGAAAGCAACAAUUAAGGAGCAGCAGACUCAGGCUGUGUGGUUUCCUGAAGAAAAGUCUGAAGAAACAGGGGCUGAGAACCUGGAACUGCUGAACCGAUCGACCAGCAUGAGCAUGGAUUACCUGAGCUGUGAUGAGAGCAGAGCAAACAGUGAUUACGAGGACACAGACGCAGAAGGCGGAGCUUACACAGAUAAUGAACUGGAUGACACACUAGAUGAGCCUGCAAUCAUUAGAUCUUCUGAACCAGUUAGGACUGAAGCAUCCCACAUCUCCAUGGAAGCAGCCCAUGAAGCACCAAUGGCCCACUCACAGAUCCAGCCUCAGGGUCAGUACAGGGAUCCUCAUUUCGCAAGGCUACAUAAACAGGAUCUCAAUGCAAUCACAUCCAGACGAGAUCUAAUCUACAGUUCGGAUGAAGAUGAUGAUGACGAAUGGAAUGGACCGGCCACUGAGUUAUAAACCAAGGCCCAUCAAACAACUCUUCUUGCACUGGAACAAUGUUUAAACAAUCAAAGGACAGUUCUACUGCUCUAAGCAGUAACUAAAUUUGUUUUUAACUCCUUCAUAAAUGAUUUAUUUUAAACAAACAUGACAUUGUUACGAUAAUUCCCACUUCUCAGUAAUUAGAAAAGAGGCAAGUGCUUUGACAUAUAUCAUAUCUCAGUUUCUGAAACACUAGGUGGAUUAAUGUAUCAUUCAGUAUGGUACGUGACAGGAUGUUUCCAUUCAAUCCUUGGUCUGUGUAUAGUUAACCGAGUACUGUGAAGUGAUUUUAGGGUUACACUUGGAUUCAUGCGCUACCUUUCCCUAAGUCCAGAAGGACAAAGCUGUCAAGGCUUCUGUUCUGGUAGUUAUUCAGCAGCUCCUGAUGGAAGGUACUUGUGUCAAUGUCACUUGCACUCUUUGUUGAUUUCACAGACCAAGAAUUAAACCUGAGACUCUCUGAAUCUUGUGCUUCUUAAUAGAAUCAUCUUCAUAAGACUUUCCAUCCACAUUUUUAUUGAAAACAAUCAAACUGUGCGAUCACAAAUAAGAACAAAAACAUGGGAAAUAUCAGCAGUUCAGGAGGCAUGGAGUAAAAUAGAAGUAGGAAAGUUGACGUUUCAGGUCGGGACCCAACAUGUUCUGAAGAAGAGUCCUGACCCGAAACGUUGACUUUCCUGCUCCUCUAAUGGUGCCUGACCUGCUGUAUUCCUCCAGCUUCACACUGUGUUGACUCUGACUCCAGCAUCUGCAGUUCUUACUAUCUUGGAGUAAAAUAGAAUACUCCUUUCAGUUUGAUGUCUUUUCAUCAAAGGAACUGCUGCCCAAAGUUUUCUUACAGAGGGUUUAUGAUUGUACUUUCACUGAACGGGAAGUUUCUGGUUUGUUUCGGUGAUAUGUUUAGAGUAAUGCACUGAGUUAUUUGCUAGAUGAUGCAAAUAAAAAUUAUUUUAGGAUUUUUUUUAUUAUGAAACACCCCACCAUACCAACAAUUGUGAAUACCCCACCAGCAUAAUUGAUGGCAGAGACUGAUGAAUAUUUCAGAUUCAAUCAUGGUGCAAUGUUUCUUUUGAUUCACUCGCAGCCUCAGUGCUGCUGGCAAGGCUAACAAUCAUCAGCCUUCCCUGACUGUCCUUGGGAAAAGCGAUAGUGAGCUACCUUCACCUCAGUCCAUCUGGCACAGAUACACCUGGGGAAGAAAUUCCAAGAUAUUUUCCCAGUGACAAUGAAGAAUGGUGAUAUAUUUCCAAGUCAGGAUAGUGCAUGGCUUGGAGGUGAAUUUGCAGGUGUUGGUGUUCCAAAGAAGGAUACUCAAAUAGUACUCAAUUUCUCUAUUCUACAUAGCCUCUCACUAUUCAACAAUCUCAGCAGGAAAGGGCACAUUAAGCGGCUGCAGUGAAAUAUAAACAGAAAAAUGCUGGAAAUAAUCAGUGGUUAGGCAGCAUUAUGUUUGAAAAGCAACAAAGUUAACAUGUCAAGUUGAUGGUACAGGCUUUAAGCAAGUACAGAAAAGGGAGGUCGCAGGCAGGAUGCCUAAAAAGACCAAACAACAAAAGGGAUGCUGAAGCAAGACAAGGGCAGGAUGAUGGAACAGGAAACUAAAAUGGAUCUAAAGGAGGUUUAAAUUUAGCUACUGUGUGAAAAUAUGAAAAGAGGUUAUAAGUUGAAAUUGUUGAACUCAAUGUUGAGUCCAGAAGGCUGGAAAAUGCCUAAUCGAAAGAUGAAAUGCUGUUCCUCAUUCAUAAUCUGAGUGUCAUUGAAAUAUAGAAGGUCAAGGAUGUAGGUCUGAGUGAGAAUUAGUUGGCAACUGAAGUGACUGCAUUCAAUAAUCAUACCUUCACAUCAAAUAUUCACAGAAACCUGAAGGAAAAGAAAUCAUGAAUAAAGAUCGAAAGAACUGCAGAUGCUGUAAAUCAGAGACAAAAACAGAAAUGGAAGAGUCACUGGACCUGAAAUAUUAACUCUAAUUUCUCUCCACAGAUACUGCCAGAUCUGCUGAGCUUUUCUAGCAACUUCUAUUUUUGUCUCUGGAAAUAAAUCAUGAGUUAAUCCAAUGUGAAGAAAUGACAAAUAUAUUUCGAAGUCAGGAUGGUGUGUGGCUUGGAAGAUGACUUGUAGGUGUUGGUUUUCCAAUACAUCUGCUGUCCUUUUCCUUCUAGAUGGUAGAGUUUGGAAGUUUGGAAGGUGAUGCUAAAGGAGCUUGAACAUGUGCUACAGUGUAUAGUACACAUAGCUACCACUCUCCUUGAUGUAGUGGAUAGUGUGUCCUUGAUAAUUUCAACCUUCUUGCAUGUUGUUGGAACUGCACACAUCCAGGCAAGUAAACAAUAUUCCAUCACACUCCUGACUUAUGUCUUAUGGAUGGCAGAUAGGCUUUCGGAAGACAGAAAGUGAGUUAAUCACCACAAAAUUCUCAGUUGAGUACACGAGUUGGAACAUCUUACUGCUUCCAAGUUUAACAUUUUUUUUGUCCAAACUUUCACCUAGUCAAUUUAAUUUGAAUUUUGACAUGAUAAACAAUGCUUGAAUAAAGGAAUAACAGGUAUGCUGAGGCUGUACGCAGCCUGAAACAGUGAACUCGGUUUGUGCUCAGUUCGGCCAAUAACAAACAAUGCCAACUGCAUUGCAACCCUUUAUCCUAUGGUAAAGAGGGAGAGUGAUCCUAAACCGUAUGAAUAUUCAGUCUGUUGGGUUAUCUUAUUCAGCCAUCAGAGUAUUCAUAGAAUCGGAAUCAUAGCACAGGAGAUCUUACAGCCAAUCAAGUCUACAUCAAGCUACUUCAAGGCCAAUCCACUUGGUCUCACAGUUGCCUUUCAUUUUGUUAAAAACAGCACUUUGCCAACAGCUUUACAGCUUCAGGGUAACACCAACAUUCCUCAACCAGCACUGAAGUAUGUUUAGAACAAUUGUUCAGCAUUUCCCUUCUCUUGCUCCACUUCCAGUUCUUUUUACAUUUAGGUAGUGCUGCUCAGACAAUUAUUUUUGUCAACUAUUCCUGCCAGUUCUCUUAACAUAUUUGACUGUACAAGAGGCAUUAAUGCCUUUCUGUUAGCAGAAGCAUUUUACAGGAUUCUCUGAUUUAAAAUACUGACCCAUCCAUGAACACUAUCCCGGACCACACUAGUGUCCAUGGAACUGAAUAUGAACAGGAGAAAGUUGAUUCAGGUAAGGAGCGGUGUGAGUUGGAAGUAAUCUAAGUGUCAAUUUAAUCGAGCAUCCAAAUAAUAAAGCCACUGAACUCCCACUAGGUGGGUAACUAGAUUCAACAUCUCUGUUCCCAACAAUUUUUCUGUUGGGAGGGUUAUGUUGGAUUAGAUUCACUGAAGUUAUUUCACAAAUGCCACUGUAUUGAGAAUAAAAGUGGGCAAUCUUUAAAAGGUACUCAUAGUUCUUCCCGUGAUGUUUAGUUUUGCUUAUUUGGAAUAAGUUUGGCCAGCCUCACUUCCUGAUGAGCAAAGGUCCCUAGCACGAAACUGUCCCUAAUUUGGCAUUCAACGACUAUUUUCAGUCUUUCAUGAUGUGGGAAACAAUGAAAAGUGCAUGGAUAUCAAAAUGUCACUUCUAUUCUCCAUCAGCUUCACAGACAAGGGAUUGAAGUUGGGACUUUACGGCCUUGCUGCAUUUAGUAAUAUUGACAAUUCUUUUAAAGCAUAAUUUAAAAAAAGAAUUCUACAGUCAUAAAUGAAUUAUGUCAACUGUAACUGCCACAAUAUGGACAGGUGAUACAAUGAGCCUGGGAAAUUCCCAGCAUUGAUCUGGGUUCAGCAGUUGGGAAGUCACAAUUGGCCUUCAGUAUCUCUGAGGCAAUAUGGAAAACAUUCCUGAGGUUGGACCUUUCUGAUCCAGAAGAACCUGGCAUUCACACAUUUUGGGACUGAACUGGGCGUGUGUUCAGUUACCCUGUAUCUUCAGGGUGCAAAAAUUACCACUGCGUGUAUAGUCUGCUGAGGAGAGUAAGGUAUUUUGUCUCAGCAAUAUCUUGUAUGCAAUAAAUGGACGGCAAGGAACGUAGAGCUCCAUUGCAGCUUUGGUUGUGCCAUAUUGCGUUGGAAGAGGUUUGUAUUGGAACACAGGCACGUGCUGCCCCUUUCUGUUGCCUUUGUAUAAUCAGGAGCUUUUUGUUUUGACAGGUUCUCUUGUAAGCAACUGUUUUUGUAAGAUUACAUAUAUAUAUGUCAAUAAAAUGUAUGUUUUUACUAUAUA